UGUAAUGUAAAGCGUGUAAAGCGUGUUGUUGUCUAACCAGUACUUCGUUCAUCCGCAGAAACGCGGGCUCAGAGUGGCGUCGGAAUUUUGCAGCCGGGUUCUCACCAGUCAGGAUCUUGGAAAUCUCGCGCACUCAGUCUCAUUUAACUGACUUGAGGCAUAGGUAGAGGUGUCUCGGAGCUCGCGCGCGCGCCGAUUUUACCCACAGCGCGCGAAACGCGCAAGGGGUUGAGCGGAGCUCUCAAGGAAGCUCCAGCAGCCCCGUGCUGGGCUGGAAUGUUGCGCUUCCGUAGUAGUAUCGAAUAAAUACUCCAAGAUACAGCCAGGUGAGGCCCGCGGUCAGGAAAUGGACUACCAACUGCCGACCGCAGCGCCAGCGAUGGGCGCGGGCCCCGCGGCAGGCGCGGCACAGCUGGGCUGCUUCCCCGUUCCCUUCUUCUUCUGCCCGCCUGCGGGAGACGCCAUGGUCUACCCCAUGCUCUUCCCGCCGGCUGGCCCCUGCUUCCUGCCGCCGCAAGCGAUGGCGCCGCUGGGGCCGUACACCUCGCCGCCUUACUUCUUCGCGGCCAUGGGCGCAAUGGCCGCGGCGGCCGCGGCCGCCGCAGCCCCCGGCGCCUGGGCGCCGCCACCUCAGGCUUUACCGCCGCCGCGCGCCUGCGAGAGCAGUGCAUCCUUCAGCCCCGCCAAGGCACGCCACGUGCUGCAGCCCCAGUCCGGGGCAGCGCAGGCGCGGCACCACCAUCACCACCACCUGUACCGGCGCGACUACAACUGCUCGCGCACCUCCCUCGCACCCAGCAGCCGCAGCCGCCAAGCCUGCGCCACGCAGCAGAUGCAGGUGCAGCCGGCAGCCGCUGGUGGCGAUGCGCCGGCCAUCGCCGCAGGCGCGCCGGCCCAGGCUGCUGCGGCCGCAGCCGUGGCAAAAGCACCGCAGCAACUGGGGAACAUGCGUGAGUCAGCGGCUGCGCCACAUGUGAUGUGCCAGCAGGCAGCUGCGUCGGGCGCGGCGCGCGAGAAGCAUGACAUUGUGGCGUCCGCCGGCGCGGUUUCGCUGGGCACCGAGAGCCACCACAGCGCUGCUAGCGGCGCAGCUGUUGAUUUCACAGCUGAGCAGCCACAGCCGCCGCUGAUGCAGCAGCCGUUUCGCUCGCCAUUUCUUACGGCGCCGCAGAUGCAGCUGUCCUACUUCCAGGCGGGGGCGGCGGCGCAGCCGGCGGCCACAGAGAGCCACACGGCCGCCUCGCCAGCGCCCCGCAGCAAGCCCAACCGGCAGGCGAUGGACACUGCGGCCCACACCAGACGCAGCACCUCAGACACAGGCACGGCGGUUGCGGAGGCGCCUGCUGGCGGCGCUGCGGAGGGGCGCGUGGCGCUGGAGCCGCAGGAUGGCGGCGGUGGCGAGGUGUGGGUGGACUCGCGCCGCGUGCGCGCGGUGCUGCGGCGCCGGCAGCAGCGCGGCAGGACAGUGGCGGCUGAUCUGGGCGUGGCAAUAGCGCCAGGCGGGCUCAAGGCGCAUUGCAUGCGACCGGCACACGGCAACGGCGCCAGUCGCGGCGUCUCGCCCGCAAGCAGCGGCAGCAGCGACAUGGAGGAGCACAGCUCGGACUUGGAGGAGGUCCUGACCGCAGGAGGCGGCCAAGGCCCGCAGCAGCUGCUGGCAGCUCCUGGCGGCGGCGUCAGCGGAGGCGCAGUGCGCGCCUUUUCCGCUGCCGCUCCGCCCCUGCAGUCGCAGCUUGCAGCUGCAGCCGUAGCGGCGGCGGCGGAGGCGCGCGCGGCUCUCGAGGCGGAGCUGGCGGCGGUGCUUGCGGAGGACUCGGAGGCGGCGGGGCUGCUGCGGUCAGGUUACCUGAUGGACGGCGGCAGCGUCAGCACCCUGGCGACUUCUGCCACGGCCGGCACUGCCGACGAGGUCCUUACCGAGCUCGUGUGCUGAGUGCUACGCACGGAGUGCUGCAGCCACAAACUGCGGCGGUAGGUGAGUUGCCCGCCGUCCCUGAGAGCGCGCACUGGCACCGUGGGCAUUUGCCUUCGUACAGUGAGACGGGCAUCAGCGCGCGCACGCUCACAAGAGAGAGGGAUGGGGCACCAGGAGCAUGAAUUGGUGCUGUGUGAGAACGUCUGUGGCGAGACAACAAAUGCACAACACCAAGGGCUGCUGCAUGCUGGGCCGGACCGUACGGUACUCUUUUUGGCAUGGGCACGAGAGGAAUUUAUGCUGAAGGCGAGUGGAGGGGUACAGCGGCUGGGUUUAGUUUAUUUAGUUCCUCCUGUCCUAUGCUUGCUGCAGCUGGAGGAUUGGGCAGCUACAGUUGGGGACGCUUGACGCACAUAGUUUGCGCAGGAUGUGCGUGUGGGGAUCAGUCCCUUCCGCCAUCCUAGAGUGAAACCCCGCUUCAUCAUUUGCGUGGCAAAACUCGGCCCUGGGCCAAUGGCGCCGGUAACAACGACGGCGUCAAGGCGUUGAGAUUUUCUUUGGACACAGACUCGUUUGAAGUAGUCAACAAAUCAAGUACACGAUGCAAGCAACAAUAAAAGGGAGCCGGCAUUCUUGGACGGCGUCAAUGCGAGCUGUUAGCGCGCAUGAGUUUUGCUGUGCCAGAUGCGUACACGGGCUAGAAGCUGGGAGCCUGUUCGAAUAUCAAUACCGCGUGCGACUCACUUCAAGCACAAUCUUUUUCACUGCGCGAUAGAGCGUACGGUGGCGCUGGUGGCCUGUCCGCCUGUGGGCCCCGUAACGAACAAUAAACCGGUAGAGACGGUGCAAGGCGGCAUAGAACGCAAAUUGGGCAUUUGGUUGGCAUUAAGUAAUUUUGGUGUUGGUUGGAGUCCGGUAGUUCGUGUCCUAGGCCUGAGUUCAGAUUCGAGACGUACCCGGCUCAAGGAGGAGCAUCACACGGUCCUCAGAUGAUCGCGACGGUGUCUUGUGAAGUUUCAGCACCGCACAAGGAACUUCUGUUUGUGUGGGAAGCUUAGUUGCAGCCAUGGCUGGCAGCGGCCAAUCCAGGCAGUCGUGUGCAAGUAACAUAUAACGGUUUGCUGGUUUGAAAUGUACAGUGGUGCGGUACCGGAUUGAUUGUUGGUUGGCCUGCAAGUACAACACACGCGUUGCAGGGCCCGGUGAGACGGCAGCAGAAAUUGAAGGCUGCUUGAUACGAGGUAUGGUUGCAAAUUCUUGGUGUUUGGUACUAAACGGGAAAGUCGUGGGUUCCCCAGUAACCUUGGUUGUGGGUGAUGUAUUUGGGUGCUUCAUCAUACCAGCACGUAUUCGCGAUGCCAGCGGUCUUUGGCGCCCCAUAAAUGCUGUGAGGGGCUUCAUGUUCUUAUUUCGGUGAGAAUGUGCAGGACAAACGGUUCUGAAACGGCAAGAAAAGGUGAAAGGCGCUGCAUGGCGUUGAUUGGAGUGGCGGUGCAAAAGACACAACACAAAGAUUCAUCAUUCUUGUGGUAUGAGGGGGAAAUGUCGAGGUGCCCCGUACUGUAGCUGAGGUAGCAGAGAGUUAGUUUACUUAUCACGCGCGGCCGCAUAACCCAGCGCGCUUUUCAACUGAGUUCAUGGUCGCACUCCACACGGCGCCGUAUUUGUGUGGCGCUGAUACCAACGUCUUCAUAUGCGGUGGAGCAUGUUGAGUGGUAGCGCGGCGAGCGGUUGGGCAGAACCGUGCAUACGCAUCUUCUGAGGCUGGAAACGUACAUACCUUGAAUGCAACCGGCGGCAAGUGCAGCACGCGGCGGGUUCGAUAGGGCGUGAACGGGCGCAUUGUGUGCAGGCGCAUGGGGAUAGCGACGCGGCUUUACUUUUGGCCAGCGCGUGAGUGGACCUGGAGGGAUGGGUCCAUGGGCUGGUUGCAGUCAAUAAUGCGGUGGGGCGUGCAUGCAUGCUGCUGCAAGAGCUGUGGAUGUACGAUGCCAUACGUACCUCAAGAGGUCUCUAGAGCAGAUGCACGUCCCCAAGUGCUCUGUCUUGAUACCUGCCUGCGGGCGCGGCGCGGCGACGGAGGCCGGGGCGAUGGAGGCGCAGGCGACGGCGGCGCAGGCGAAGGCGGAGCAGGCGGCCGAGGGGACGGCGGCGCAGGCGACGAGGGCAGGGGCGAAGGCGGGUGUGGUGACGGAGGCCUGGAGCGGUGCGUACGAAGUUGGCUGGGCUGUUUUGCAGUUUGUGUCGCCAAGAUUGCAAUGGCGACAGCUAGCCGCAGCGUAUAUAGUAGCGCCCAGGCAAGCCUCAGAUCAGUCGCGAGGUCAGUUGGAUGAUGCAAGAGAAAGGAAGA